AUGGCUGGUGCAACCUAUAAAUUGGCACCCACAAAUAUGGCUAAAAGAUUUCCACAACAUGCUUAUCCAUACGCAAAUAAUAUAUGGAUGGAUCCUGGUGCACUUAAAGUUCAAGAAUUUAUUGUGAAUGUGACGGAAGAUAUUAUUAAUCGUUAUGCUGUUGAUGGUUUAACAGUUUACUUCAUUACUAGUGAUUAUGAAUUAUAUACAUUUAAUUUAUGUUGUUCUCGAUGUAACGGAGUUGAUAAAGCAGGUGAAGCUGUUUCACAACCUAUACAACAACAAUUGAAUUUAUUUGGUUUAUUACCAUAUAUGGAUAAUUAUAAGAUAACAUUUACAAGUGAUCGAGGUUCAAAUAUACUGAAAGCGCUGAAAGAUAGCAGCUCAUCUGGAGAUGAUACAACAACACCGUCAUCAUCUAAAUAUGUUGCAGCUAAUACGUUAUUAUCAGAUUUGCUAUCAAAAUCAGAAGAAGUUUUGAAUACAAUUACAACUAGUAAAAAACUUUUCAAAUACGCUGGAUUAAACAAAAACAUUGAAGAACAUGGUGAUAUAGCCUUAAAACAAGAAUGUGUUGUUCGUUGGCUUUCUAUGUCAAAUAUAUUACAGUUGAUCGAUGCUUCAAUUGAACAUAUAAGAUCAAUAUUAUCAUCAAAAUCAUCAAAGAAUCAAUGCUAUUUUAAAUUAAGUGAUAUAAAUAUCAUCAUUGAACGUAAUAAGAUUGACAUAUUAUUAUAUGUAAUUCUCUCUGUUUUAAGAACUGGUUUUUUUUCGAAAACAUAUGAUUCAAUUAUUAAAAUUGCUACUUAUGAUAUCAAUUCAACACCAAUAAUUACAUUUAAAAAUGAUGAACUUAAAAGAUAUUUACGAGUGAUUAUUGAUGAUAUUUCGAAACAACCAAAUCUAUUACCAUUCUGGCGUGAUCUUCAAAAAUAG